AUGGCCAAUCUUGAUCUGACCAAGAACAUGAAGGACGAGGAGAAGCUAUACAGGUAUAAGGGGGUUCUCUAUCCUCUCAUUAUAAGCCCGGAGGAAAACCUCAGAGCUCUUGAGAACUUGGAGGCACGGAGUGAAGAUAUCAUGCUGGUGGCCUAUCCAAAAUGUGGGUUCAACUGGAUGGUUGCAGUGCUGGGCAAAAUCAUAUCUGCUGCCACAAGCAAGAAAGUAGAAUUCCAGUUUCCACCUCUCAUUGAAUUCUAUGGACCAGUGAGGCAACAGUCCCUUCAGCAGGUCCCAUCUCCAAGACUACUGGGAACCCACUUGCAUCCUGAUAACAUUCCAGCUUCUUUCUACAAUAACAAAAGCAAGAUGCUGGUAGUUUUCCGCAACCCAAAAGACACCAUGGUGUCAUAUUAUCACUUCUCCAAUAAAAAUCCGGUUUUGCCAACUGCACAGUCCUGGGAUCACUUUUACACAGACUUCAUGAGUGGCCAAGUUCCAUGGGGCUCCUACUUCGACCAUGCGCUCGCCUGGGAGAAGCGUAUCGAUGACCCGAAUGUCAUGAUCAUCACAUUUGAAGAACUUAAGCAGAACCUCAGUGAAGGUGUUCGGAGGGUGGCAGAUUUCUUCGGCUUCACAUUAACCGAUGACCAGAUUCAGACCAUCACUGAAAACAGCACCUUUGAUGCGAUGAAAAAAGGCUCAAAGGAAUCCCAUGGCCAGAUAGGAAAUAUCUUUUUCAGGAAAGGUGAAGUUGGUGACUGGAGAAACCACUUCAGUCAGGCCCAGAGUGAAGAAAUGGAUGCUGCGUUUGAGAAGUAUCUUCGAGGGACGAAACUCGGAGCCAGACUAAAUUAUGACGUGUAUUGCAAGUGA